GUGUGUGUGUGUGUGUGUGUGUGUGUGUGUGUGUGUGUGUGUAUUCCGCUGGCUCGUGCUCGUUGUCGGGUUGAGCGUCGCUCCCCGUUAAAACCGUAGAAACCCAGGAGAAAGGCAGGCAGCACACAGGACGAGCUCCAGCCCUUUAAUUCGGGGUUUUUAUUCAUUUGUGCAGCGCGUCAUCAGAGAAUAGAAUAUUAACGGAAAUAAACAUAAAUUGUCCGACCUGCAGUUCCACACUGAUCUCGGUACUGUGCGCGAGACCGAGAUUUUAUUCCGUCUUUCUUCAUUAAUAAAAAAGCAGAGGAGGAAAAAGGAAGCACAACGUUCUGAGAUGUCGGAGGCUCUGACACAACAGGAGAAACUACAGGCCAUCGCUGAGAAGAGGAAGAAGCAGGCUGAAAUAGAGAAUAAGAGGAGACAGCUGGAGGAUGAACGCAGACAACUACAACACUUAAAGUCGAAGGCCCUGAGGGAGCGCUGGUUGUUGGACGGUGCGCCCUCUAGUGGAGAAAACGAGUUUCAGCGACAGCUGCAGGAAGACGAGGCUAAAACCAGGGGACUGGAGCAGAGUGUUCUCAGGUUGGAGCAGGAGAUCGAGGAGCUCGAGACUGGAGUCCCUGAGUCUAAAUCCACCGGAGACGUAAACACAUCUGAUGCCCCCGGGACAGUGGAGAACGGCGUCCCUAAAACCAGACAGGUGACUGGCAUCGAGGCGAAGCUGGAAUGCACAAAUUUAGAUGCAAAAGCCAUCGAGAAUGCGAGUGCGGACCACCCGGUCACCAUGGUGUUCAUGGGCUACAAAAACGUAGAGGAUGAGGACGAGACCAAGAAAGUGCUGGGCAUCGAGGAUGCUGUGAAGGCUGAGUUCGUUGUCAUUGAGGACAGCGAAAACAAAGCGGCGACAGAGGAUGGAAAGAAUGAAGAGAAAGCUCCCUUGAACGGUGCCCCUUCCAGUCCGGAGGACAAGAAACAGGACGAGGCCACAAACGGAGACGAGUCCAAACAGGACGAGGUCAAGAAAGAAAAGCAGCCUUGCAAGUGCUGCACUGUCAUGUGAGCAUGGGGGGCCAAAACUUUUACUCAAAAUAAAUACUAAAUAUUACAAAAAAAAAAAAAA